CUCUUGCGGCGAUGGAGACGUUCCAGCCGUUGGCGGCGGUUUCUAGGGAAGAGGCGUCCUGUUCCUCCUGGGGGACCGGCAGUGCAAGUAAAAAUUUGCCUACCAUGUCAACUGAAUCAUUGGAAAUUGACGAUGGAUUAUACAGUCGACAGAGGUAUGUUCUCGGUGACACAGCAAUGCAGAAGAUGGCCAAGUCCCAUGUUUUCUUAAGUGGCAUGGGUGGUCUUGGAUUAGAAAUUGCAAAGAAUCUUGUUCUUGCAGGUAUUAAAGCACUUACAAUUCAUGAUACACAAAAAUGCCAAGGAUGGGAUCUAGGGACCAAUUUCUUUCUCUGUGAAGAUGAUGUUGUUAAUGAAAGAAACAGGGCAGAAGCUGUACUUCAUCAUAUUGCAGAACUAAAUCCCUAUGUUCGUGUCUCGUCUUCGUCUGCUCCUCUCAAUGAAAUCACAGAUCUUUCCUUCUUAGAACAAUACCAGUGCGUAGUAUUGACUGAGGUGAAACUGACAUUACAAAAGAAGAUAAAUGACUUUUGCCAUUCUCAUUGCCCUCCAAUUAAGUUCAUUAGUGCAGAUGUACAUGGAAUUUGGUCACGGUUGUUUUGUGAUUUUGGUGAUGAAUUUGAGGUUUUGGAUACAACUGGAGAAGAACCAAAAGAAAUUUUCAUUUCAAACAUAACACAGGGUAAUCCUGGUAUUGUCACUUGUCUUGAAAAUCAUCCUCACAAGCUAGAGACGGGGCAGUUCCUAACAUUUCGAGAAAUUAAUGGAAUGACAGGUUUAAAUGAAUCUAUACAGCAGAUAACUGUGAUAUCACCCUUUUCUUUUAGCAUUGGUGAUACUACAGAACUGAAUCCAUAUUUACAUGGAGGCAUAGCUGUACAAAUUAAGACUCCUAAAACAUUUUGCUUUGAAACAUUGGAGAGGCAGAUAAAACAUCCAAAGUGCCUUACUGCGGAUUUUAGCAAACCUGAGGCACCUUUACAGAUUCAUGCAGCUAUGCUUGCCUUGGACCAGUUUUGGGAAAACUAUAAUCGUAAGCCAAAUAUCAGAUGCCAACAAGAUUCAGAUGAGCUAUUGAAACUGGCAAUAUCUAUAAGUGAAACCUUGAAAGAGAAGCCUGAAGUCAAUACUGACAUUGUACACUGGCUCUCUUGGACUGCUCAAGGCUUUUUACCCCCACUUGCUGCAGCAGUAGGGGGUGUUGCCAGCCAAGAAGUAUUAAAAGCUGUGACAGGGAAGUUUUCUCCUUUGUGCCAGUGGUUGUAUCUCGAAGGAGCAGAUAUUGUCGAGUUCCUACGCAAUCCUGAAUGUAAAGAGUUUCUCCCACGAGGAGAUAGGUAUGAUGCCUUACGAGCUUGCAUUGGAGAUACAUUGUGUCAGAAGCUACACAAUUUGAAUGUCUUUUUAGUAGGAUGUGGAGCCAUAGGCUGUGAAAUGUUGAAAAAUUUUGCUCUACUAGGUGUUGGUACAAGCAAAGAGAAGGGAUUGGUUACAGUUACAGAUCCUGACCUGAUAGAAAAAUCGAACCUAAAUAGACAGUUCCUGUUUCGCCCUCAUCAUAUACAAAAACCUAAAAGCUAUACUGCCGCUGAUGCAACUCUGAAAAUAAAUCCUCAGUUAAAGAUAGAUGCACACCUGAACAAAGUUUGUCCAGCCACUGAGACCAUUUAUAAUGAUGAAUUUUACACUAAGCAAGAUAUCAUUAUUACAGCACUAGAUAAUGUGGAAGCCAGGAGAUAUGUGGACAGUCGUUGCUUAGCAAAUCUUCGGCCUCUUUUAGAUUCUGGAACAAUGGGCACAAAGGGACACACUGAAAUUAUUGUGCCUCACUUGACUGAAUCUUAUAAUAGUCACCGGGACCCCCCAGAAGAGGAAAUACCAUUUUGUACUCUAAAAUCCUUUCCAGCUGCUAUUGAACAUACUAUCCAGUGGGCAAGAGACAAGUUUGAAAGUUCCUUUUCCCACAAGCCUUCAUUGUUUAACAAAUUUUGGCAAACCUAUCCAUCUGCAGAAGAUGUCUUACAGAAGAUACAAAGUGGACAGAGUUUAGAAGGCUGUUUUCAAGUUAUUAAGCUACUUAGCAGAAGACCUAGAAAUUGGUUCCAGUGUGUAGAAUUAGCAAGAUUAAAAUUUGAAAAAUAUUUUAACCAUAAGGCUCUUCAGCUUCUUCACUGUUUUCCUCUUGAUACACGAUUAAAAGAUGGCAGUUUGUUUUGGCAGUCACCAAAAAGGCCACCUUCACCAAUAAAAUUUGAUUUAAAUGAACCUUUGCACCUCAGUUUUCUUCAGAAUGCUGCAAAACUGUAUGCUGCGGUAUAUUGCAUUCCAGUUUCAGAAAAGGACUUAUCAAUGGAUACCCUCAUAAGUAUUCUUUCAGAAGUAAAGAUUCAGGAGUUCAAACCUUCCAACAAGGUUGUUCAAACAGAUGAAACUGCAAGGAAACCAGACCAUGUUCCUGUCUCCAGUGAAGAUGAGAGGAAUGCUGUUUUUCAACUAGAAAAGGUUGUUUCAUCUAAUGAAGCUACCAAAAGUGACCUUCAGAUGACAGUGCUUUCAUUUGAAAAAGAUGAUGACAGUAAUGGACAUAUAGAUUUCAUCACAGCUGCAUCAAACCUUCGAGCUAGAAUGUAUAGCAUUGAACCAGCUGACCGUUUCAAAACAAAGCGCAUAGCUGGUAAAAUUAUCCCUGCUAUAGCAACAUCUACUGCUGCAGUUUCUGGUUUGGUUGCCUUGGAGAUAAUCAAAGUAGCUGGUAGCUAUCCCUUUGAAGCUUACAAAAACUGUUUUCUUAAUUUAGCCAUUCCAGUAAUAGUGUUUACAGAGACAUCUGAAGUAAGAAAAACUGAAAUUAGAAAUGGAAUAUCAUUUACAAUUUGGGACAGAUGGACUGUACAUGGAAAAGAAGAUUUCACCCUCUUGGAUUUCAUAAAUGCUGUCAAAGAAAAAUAUGGAAUUGAGCCGAUAAUGGUGGUACAGGGAGUCAAAAUGCUUUAUGUUCCUGUAAUGCCUGGUCAUGCAAAAAGAUUAAAGUUAACAAUGCACAAACUUGUGAAACCUUCCACUGAGAAGAAAUAUGUGGAUCUUACUGUGUCAUUUGCCCCGGACAGUGAUGGAGAUGAAGAUUUACCAGGCCCUCCAGUAAGAUACUACUUCAAUCAUGACCCUGAUGAGUAGAAGUUCUCAGAGAGUUGCUACAAGAUACUUGAUUUGGGAAAAUGUACUUAUUUCAGAAGCUAAAAUGAAUGAGCUCACAAGACUGGAUUUCUUUUUGCCUUAAUUUAAGGGAAAUGUUAGCAGGAAACUACAAAGAAGAAUUACAAGCAUUUUGGAGCAUAGCACACAUUUGUCUAGUGCUUUACAAUGCUGUGAUCACAGCAGCUUUGAACUGGAAUACCAUUUUUUAAUGCUUACUACAGAUUUUGUAUAUUAAGCCCUGUGGGUGGAAAAAAGAAACAAAGCAUUUGUCUAAGACCAGAAUAAGUAAGGAUGAAAAAUUGAAAAUAGUGAAAGUAACUAUCCAAAGAGUUUAAGGUUUUCUUUUCUUUUUUCCCCUGAGUAUAUGAAUCCAACUUUUCAACAUAAGUAGUAUUUGGCACUCUAUACAUCUUACAUGAUUAGGCUUUGAAGUUUUAAUACCACUGAAAAAAGGAGGAAUGAUAAAGAUAAAGAAUAGAGAUUUUAAAUUGUAUAGUUAGUUUACUAUACUAUUGUCUCUGCUAGUUUAAACUGAGUCUGUAAUAUUACUGUGUCCCCCAGAGAGUUUUGUUGGUAUUUUCAGUAUUGUAAACCAUAAGGGCAGAUGACACAUUUAUGUUGACUAAAUGUUAACAGUAUUAUGGACUCUUGACAACUCUCAUAGAAAAUCCAUGAACAUGGGCAGACAAAUAUGGCUGAUCAUUUGAUUUUUAAAUAUGCCUUUAUUUUAUUUAUCUGAAACUAAAUUUGUCAUAGUAUUUAAGACUCAAAUGUUUUGUAAAGGGAAUAUCCUUAGUAACAGAUGAAAACUAGAAAUUGAAAAAUAUAUCACUAGUCAAAUCUUCAUUUUAUUUUCUUCCAGCAACCUAAUGGAGAGAAAAAGAAUGGUAUUUUUUACUUUAAAGGGAAGAAUGUCUUUUUAUUCCCCAUUCCCAAGAUGAGAAUUGACACAUAAAAUUAUUUUUUUAGGUCUUUCUUCAUUGAUAGAAAUAUUCUGUUUUCUGAUAUGAAGAAUUAUAUAUAGAUACUGAUAUAAUUGGGUCCAUUAAAAUGAUAUAAACAGUAUUUGACUAUAAAAUCAGUGAAAAUAGCAAAUGACUCAUUUUUUAACUUGGGUUACCAUGCAUUCUAAAACAGCAGGCAUUUUACAACCUCAGGUAUUCACUUUGAUAAGUUAGACUUUAGAUUCAUGUCAGUAUUACUCCAGUGGUAUCACCUUAUACUCUGUUACUUUCCUUUUCCAUUUACAUAUAGUUUAAAUUGCUUUGUUAAUUAUUUUGUUUCCCUCCUUUGUAAAAGUAUCCAGCUAAGAAAAUAUAUUUGGAAGGAGAGGGAAAAUUUGUGCAAUUAAAGGAUUACCUGGUCAUUGGAAGAUGGAGAAAAGUGGGCAGGAUUGAUUUUAGAGAAAUGGCUACCUUUGAAAUAAGGAAUUUUUCAUCAUAUCCUACCCUCUCCUAUUGCACAAAUUCCCAGUAUACUCUUAAAAAUUAAUGUAACCUAAAAUUGAGACCAGGAACAAACAUCAAAGGUUCUGUGGCUUAGAACUUUAGAGAGUAGGAAUAAUAAAAGGACCUUGUAAAAUAAGGCUUUUUCCCAUUUUUCACUUUGUCUUAUGUUCUUUGAGGAUAACAGACAAUUUCUAGGUACCCAUUCGGCAGUCCUCAAACAUAAACUAAUAUCUUGGCUAUUUUUUACCUAGGUCUCCACCUGUCUUUGGAAAUAAAUGAGAACUAUGCUGUCAGUUUGUAGACACUAGUACUUCAGUAGAUAAAAACAAAACCAACAGAAAUUAGGUUCAUUUUGUAAUAAAAACCUACAGUCGUUUCGUCACUUUUUUUUCUAUAGGUAAUGAUUAUUACCAUCCUUUCUUUUACUUAUUUUACUAAAUUAGAAAUCUAGGAUAAAGUUAAUGAAAGUUUUUCUCAUUGUUUUAUUUUUGUACCAUAAAAUUGUUUGUUACUGAAAUACAGCUACUGAAAUACCAGAUGAAAAAACAAUUUUGUGUAUUUCAUUCAGUGAUUUUUUUUUUUCUUUUUUGCCAAAAAUAAAUAUAAGAAACUUGAGAAUAUUGUGAUGAGCUGUGUUCCGUAGCAGGGUCCAGGGAGUUUGAUUGUACCUUUUGUUCUGUGGUUAAUACUGCUUCUGUGUUUCACUUUUAUACUUUGCCUUUGACCUGGAUUUGGACAUGUAACUCAGAAGACAGUGUGUGCUUACCUGGCAUUGAUCUGCAAAAAUAAAUAAAUAAGAACAGGAAGAAAUAGUCACUCCCAUGAAAAUCCUGGGUUUUAGUAAAUCCCACAGUACAGUUUGGUGUUUUAAAGUCUAUUCUUUUGUAGAAUUUGAAGCGGUUGUGUUACUUGACUAAGUUUCUCACAAAUUGUUCCAAAAGUAGAGCUUGGAAAUAAAUACCUAUUUUCUUUAUAUUUUAUCUAUUAUGACACAUUCUUAUGACAGUAUCAAAGCACAAAAACUUUGGUCUUGGGGAUGUAGGUGAGCCCUAGAGUACUUGCCUUGCAUGUACAAGGCUCUGGGAUCAGUUCCCAAAUCAAAAACAAAAAUCUGGAAAGUUUAGAUCUUGGGACUCAAAUGAAGAAUCAACAGGUAAUUUGUGUUCACUAUUUCCCUGUUGUUUAAAGUACAUAAAUAUGAAUAUCAGAGUUUAAGGAAUAAUUUUAAAGUAACUGCUUCUAUACCAGUAUUCAAAUUAAUAGAGCAUACAUAUAAGAAGCCUCCCUACUACCUCCCUAGCAACAGCCAUCUUACACACACACUUUGGCAAUUACUACUGUCCUGUUUUGUGUGUUAACUAUCACCUUGUUCUUACUGUGUUACCAACUAUGUAUGUAAAUUCAAGCUGUAUGGUUUAUUUUUCCCUGCUUUUGAACUGUAUGUGAAAGAAUUAUAUAAUUUGCAUCUUCUUCUAUUCAUAUUUUCAUUGUAGUCAUAUUCAUUCAUCAUUGCUGUAUAAUGUUCCUUUGCGUUAAUAUGCCAGUUUAUUCAUCAUAUUGACUGUGAAUAUUUGCAGUGUAUUUAGUUUGGGAUAAUUACAGUUCCAUAAUAAAUGUAUUUUGUUUCUCUUCUAUUGCAAAUAAGGCGUCUAGGAUUGAAAGUUUGAUUGCAAGUUAUUCGUAUCUUUAUAUUUUAUUAGAUAACUAUAGACUUUUUCCUAAGCAUUAGAAAUGUUCAAUUUCUUUCACAUUGCGAUGAGUAUUGGUGUUAACUUUUUUUUUUUGGACAGUGUAUAUACAGUGGUGUGUCAUUAAAGUUUUACUCUGUAUUCUCGUAUUGCCAGUAGGGGAGGGAGCCACCUUUUCACAAAUUAUUGGCCAUUUCAGUCUUUUUUUUUUUCUUUUUUUCGUUUUUUGGUUUUUGAGACAGGGUCUUCCUGAGACCCUCAUGGCCUUGAUAUAACAGAGAUCCACCUGCCUCUGCCUCCCAAGUGCUGAGAUCAAAGGCAUAUUCUACCACACCAGGAUUAACUUUCUUUUUUGGGAACUGUGUUGUCAGAUCUUGUAUAUAACAUUUUUUAUGUGUUGGCAGUCCUUUUCCUCAUUUAACUCAUGAAAGAUCAUAUGUUCUUUAUUAUCUAUACAGUUGUAAAUGUCUUCUGUUCUAUGAUCUGCCUUUCCCUCCUGUGAUAUUAAUUGAUAAAAAGAAUUUGUUAAAGGUUAGGUACUUGGGAGUAUCAGUCUUUUGUUUCACAACUACAGCUGCUUUGUGUGAGUUGUUUAAAAUACUCAUUCCCAACCCUAGGGUAAUAAAGAUAUUUUUUUGAUUGUCUUUUAAAA